AUGGCAGUCAGUCGGCUUUUAAAAAAUUCCUUCAGAUUUCCUGAAAAAAAGAUAAAAAUAGGACAGCAGUUUGAUAGUAAAGUGCCACAUGUUGGCAGUUCAGAUGUCCUCUAUCACAAUGAAGUCUUGAGGGUGAUGUAGUGCAGGACUGGGACUGCACUUUCCACAACUUUCCCACAGUCUGUCCAUUCAUCAGAGAUGAAUAGAAGUGUGCCUUACUGCAGGCAAUUAGGCAUGCCGUCAAGGGACUCUUUAGAAACCUCACAGGGGUGUUUAUGACACUGUCCCUAAUUGAGAUGGGCAUUUGUUUUGCUUGUUUGUCCCACUAAAGAAUAAAGUGUAAAACUAUAAUUUUCCAAAUAUUUUUGCCAUAGUAUAAUGAAUGAAAACACUAUUUUAUUGAUGAUUAAUAGUUGAUUAUUUAUUGGUUGGGGUAUGAAUUUCAAAAUUUCUUUCAUAUCCUGUAUAUUGGACAUUUUUAAUCUCUGUUAAGAGUUAAAUUUAAUAUUUCUCUAAAUUAUUCUAAAAAUAAGGGAGAAGAGUAUUCCUAGAGUUGAGAUUGUUUUGAGCUCAUUAUUUUCAAUGUAGGUCUUUUAUAUAAACAGCACGUGCUUUUGUGAGCAAUUAAUCCUAAUGGUGAGCAUCAGGGCUGCACUUUCUCACACACUGUCCCACCCCUCCACCUGCUCCCCAGAGAUGUGCUCAUUGUGUUGGAGCAAUAAGGGCUUCAGCCGCCAUGUGUCAGCCUGAACGCUCCCAUUGGCUGCAGACUGUGAGAACCUCCAGCAAACUCCAGACUCACACAUUCAUAUGGAGAUUCGGGAGUACAAAUAGAGGAGCGAGAAGAGAGAGUUCAGCACAGCUCAGAUCUGAUCCUAACGGAGAACUGAACACAAGACACACAGCCAUGGCACCUACAAUCACUGGAUCGAUCAUCAGCAGAGAACAACUUCCACUCACAAACAAGCUGAGAAAGCCAAUAGUGGAGAAGAUCCGCAGAGAACGGAUCAACAGCAGCAUUGAGAAGCUCAAGUCUCUUCUGGGUCAAGAGUUCCUAAAGCAACAGCCCGACUCCAGACAGGAGAAAGCUGAUAUCCUGGAGAUGACGCUCGAUUUCUUGAGACGCUCCCAGAAUCCCUCGGCCUGCUCUACUGCAGCUCGUGACGGACGCUCCAGAUGUGUGCAGGAGGCCGUCAACUUCCUGUCUCGGUGUCCGGUGCAGACUCAGUCCCACAGAAGACUGCUGAAGCACUUCCUGCACAUGCAGCCGUCCACAGAGAACAACACACGUGUGCUGCCGCCUCAUCCGCUCCAUUCACCAGACGCAAAGAGCAAAGAGGAACCUCUGGCGCUCUGGAGACCCUGGUAGAGCCACCAGGACCGUAUGAUUUAUCAGACAGAAUUCAUAAUGCCAGUCUGAGAUUGGCAUGGACUGUAAUUCUAACGUAGGAAUUGAUUUCCGCCUCUGCAGCUUCUGCAGGAUCUUUAAUCUGCUUUCAGAGAAAGUUGCUGUUUUAUUGAAACUGUGUGACCAGAAAUAUUUGAUCAGAAUGUACAGAAUCAUUUGCUGUGUAAAAUGAUUAUUACAUUCGUGGAAAAUAAGAUUCAAAGAAAUGUUAAAGUCUGAUUCAGACGUUUCUUUCACCCAUAUUGGGUUUAUUCUCUCUGCAUCUAAAGGAUGAUGACACUGCUUUCAUUUACUGAAAGCUUUUGAUUUAUAUUUCUAUUGUUUGAAAUACAUCUAAUGCUUCUCUUGUUAUAUGAGAAAUAUUUCUUCAUUUGAAAGAUUUUAUUGUGUGUUGUAAGCACAAAUGAGUGUUUUAAUGUUUGCAUGUGUUUACAUGAACGAGACAUUUCCCCUGUAAAGGGCAGGUGAAUAUUGUCACUGUUAGUGAUUUGACUUCUAUUCUUUACAAAGUCAAGUUCUUACCUUCUCUGAAGGUAUCUUGCAUGGCACUUUGCUUACUAAUUGAAUUUUAAAUGUCUGUGACAUUGUUCAUUUCUUCCUAGUUCAAGGGAAGUACAAACAUUACAAUUGUGAAGAGAUGCAUUUACAUAAUGUUACUGCUUUAUUACUUUAAGCAUUGUCCUUCAAAGCUGAAUCAGAUGUUCAUUGUCAGAUUUGUUUACACGUGAAGAACAGCAAUCAUAUUGCUUAUGACAAAUAAAUUGUAC